AUGGUGCUUCCCUGCACCCACAACAGCGUGGGUGGUGGUGGCAGUAGCUGGCUAGUGCCCGAGGAGCCCCGCGGCCGCAGCAACUCCAUCCCCCCAGCGCAAACCCCCACUGCCAAGCACAUGCUGGCCUACCUGCCCCGGCCACCCACCGACAUCAGCCAGUACGGCACCUUCCCCCAGGAGCCCGAACUCCCAGCCACCCCUAGCGCUCUGGCACAGGACAGCUGGCAGAAAGCCAGCACCUCCACUGCCAAGAGAAGUGCCCAGAUGCCAAACUACCCAUCCCCACCCUGCCAUGGGGUCAGUGUCCCCACCGAGCCAUCCCUGCUGCUGAGCCGUGGCAGCAUGGCAACCCAGUACCGUCCCAGUGAUCUGCCCCGAUGCCCACCACCUGCCCUGCGAGAUACAAGCACCCACUGGUACCCACUGCAUGCACUGAGUGUGCCCAACAUCCCCAACUCGUCGCGGGGCAGGACCUCUGCCCGCAGCAGCGCUGCCACCGCUGUCCCUGCCCCAGAGGGGCUACCAAGCCGCUGCCGCAAGCUGCUGGAGGAGGACGGCCCUGCAGCCCAGGCUGGCAAGCGGCAGCGGCAGCGCUAUGUGACCAAGGUGGGCAAGUGCCAGGUGAACCUGGGCAAUAUCCAGGAGAAAAAGCGGUUCCUCUCAGACAUCUUCACCACCAUUGUGGAUCUCAAGUACCGCUGGUUCCUCUUCGUCUUCAUGAUGUGCUACAUCAUCACCUGGGUGGUUUUUGGCACCAUCUACCUCUUCGAUGCUUGGGUGCGGGGCGACGUCUGGCACCAGGGUGAUCCCGAGUGGCAGCCAUGCAUCGAGAACGUGGACAGCUUCGUCUCCGCCCUGCUCUUCUCUGUGGAGAGCCAGCGGACCAUCGGCUAUGGCUCCCGCAUGGUGACAGCCAACUGCACCGAGGGCGUCAUCCUGCUGAUGGCGCAGUCCAUCGUGGGCUCCAUGAUCGAUGCCCUGAUGGUGGGCUGCAUGUUUGUCAAGAUCUCCCGGCCCAAGAAGCGAGCCCAGACCCUCAUCUUCAGCAAGAACUGCGUCAUCUCACGCCGUGACGAAAAGCUCUGCCUGAUGUUCCGGGUGGGCGACCUGCGUGAGAGCCACAUGGUGGAUGCCAAGAUCCGGGCCAAGCUGAUCAAGUCCCGGCAGACAACUGAGGGGGAGUUCAUCCCCCUGGAGCAGUCAGAGCUGAACCUGGGCUAUGACACGGGGGAGGACCGCCUGUUCCUGGUGGAGCCCCAGAUCAUCUGCCAUGUCAUUGACUGCCGCAGCCCCUUCUGGGACAUGUCGGCUGAGUCGCUGCGCCGAGAGCAGUUUGAAAUCAUCAUCAUCCUUGAGGGCAUCGUGGAAGCUACUGGAAUGACGUGCCAAGCCCGCACCUCCUACACAGAGGACGAGAUCCUCUGGGGGUACCGCUUCGAGCCCUGCAUGUCCCUGGAGAAAGGAGCCUUCCAGGUGGACUACAGCCGCUUUGAGCUGACCUUCGAGGUGCAGACACCAGUGGCCAGUGCCAAGGAGCUGCACGAGCUGCGGGAGCUGGAGCAGCAGGAGCACUCCACACUCAGCCUCUACUGGGAUCACCUCCUGCAGCCCUGUGUCCCGCUGGGCACUGGGCCUGGCCGUGAGGCCCUGGCCGGGCUCAGCGUCCCCAGCGGUGCCGCUGAGGGCGGCCAAGAUGAGCGGCUGGAGCAGGAGACUGUGACCUGA